AUGGCUGGAAUCUCGACGGCGGGGCACGUCGACCUCCAAAACGGCAAUAUUCAAGCAACGUGGGAGGCGUAUAAACAGAAACUGAAUUUCUAUAUAACCUCACUGGAAAAAGCAGGAGCGGAUCCCACGGUCAAACAUGCCAUCCUAAUGAGAGAGGCAGGACCUGAUGUGAUGGAUAUCUACAACUCUUUCAAGAGCAAAAUGAUAACAUACAAAGUGAACGAAGAGACUCAGGAAAGAGAAGUUGACGUAGACAACUCCAAAAACUAUGAUUUGGUUCUGAAAGAGUUUGACAAAUAUGUGGCUGAGAAGAAAUGUGUCACCACUAGUCGUGAAAUCUUCAAUGCACGGAAUCAAAAAAGAGGAGAAAGUAUCACAACGUGGGUAACCAGUCUCAGGAAUUUAAUUGCUGACUGUGAAUACAAGGAAGUAGAAGAAAGCAUGCUCAAGGAUCGAAUCAUCUGGGGAGUCUUUGAUGAAAAACUCCGCAUCAACAUUAGAGCCAAGGCAAGCCUAAAACUGGAUGAGAUCAUCGAGGUAUGCAAGGCGGUUGAGGCCACCUCCAGAUACUCCAACCAGAAUGAGAAGGUUGCUGAGGUUGAUACUGCCCAGGCCUCAGGAUCUGGAUACAGACAGAAAACACAGCAUUAUAAUCAGAGCAGAAAUGCCAGCAGCAGUUCAGGCAAGAGCUCUCGUGGUAACUGGGGACCGCAAAGACAGGCUCCAUACCAGAAACCCUCUCACUCGAGAAGUGGGCAGAAGUACAAAUGCCGCAAUUGUGGAACAUGGCAUGUUAAGAGGGACUGCCCCGCAUAUGGCACACACUGUAAAAACUGUGGUAAAAAGAACCAUUUCACAAAAAUUUGUGAAACCAAGAACACUCACUCAUCCAACUCCAGUGACCACAAGCUGAAGAAGUCAGUCGACGCAGUUGAGACCAGGGACCUGGGCAGCGAGGAAGAGGAAGACCUGCUUCGGGGCGGCUGGAACUCACCAGCUUCACAGUCUUCACCAGCUAAGUCAGAGGUGAGUUCAGUGUGUGUUCAUAUGUUGUCCACUGUAAAAAACAAAGUGAUAGUUAGUGGUGAAACCAGUACUCGCAGGAAAGAGUAUACUGAGGUACUAAAGCUUCAAACUGAACACUUUGUGAAGUUUAAACUUGACCCUGGUGCAGAAAUAAAUAGCUUGCCCCUUAAAGUAUUUAAUCUAAUAAAUAGAAAUUACACUGUGAGGCCCACUAACAUCCAUAUUAGAGCGUAUGGUAAUGUAAUCAGUCAACCUGCGGGCAUUGUAUCAUUAUUAGUUGAAACACAACAUGGAGAUUCAUUAACAUGUGACUUUCUCCUAUCCAAAACUGAGCCUAAACCAAUUUUGGGAAUUGAAGCCUGUGAGAAACUAAACUUAGUCAAAAGGGUACAACAUCCGACUAAGAUAGUGAACAGCAUGGAAAAGGAAACAUCCUUACCAGAAAAGUGUGACGCAUUUAAAAAAAUGUAUCCCGAACAGUUCAAUGGACUGGGACAGUUUAAGCAGGUAGUCAAAAUAAAUGUUGAUCCAAAUGCUCAGCCUUGGGCUUGCCCUCCCAGAAGGUAUCACUUUUCAACUCCAAAGAAGUUGGAAAGCAAACUUGCUGACCUGGAAAAGACAGGUAUAAUAGCCAAAGUUAAAGAUCAAAUACCCAAAUAUGUUAGUAAUAUGUUGCUGAGGGAAAAGGCAAAUGGGGACAUACGAAUUUGCCUCGACCCAGAGCAUCUAAAUAAAGCCAUAGUGAGACAACAUUAUAAUAUUCCCACAAUAGAGGAAUUGAAAAUAAGAGUUAAAAACAAGAAAAUAUUUACUGUGCUAGAUCUCAAAGACGGCUUCUGGCAUGCUGCCCUGGAUGGACCUUCCGCUGAGCUGACAUGCUUCAGCACCCCCUUUGGCUUGUACAAAUUUUUGAAAAUGCCGUUUGGCAUAUCAAGUGCACCUAAAACCUUUCAGUUCCUGACGGAACAGGCGUUCGAGGGCACUGGGGGCGUGGUUUAUUUUGAUGAUAUACUCAUCCCAGGUCAAAACACAGUGGAGCAUGACAAAAUCCUGAAGUCUGUCAUGAAAAGGGCAAAAGAUGAAAACAUAAGGUUUAAUCCCUCAAAAAUACAAUAUAGGAAAACUGAAGUUAAGUUUUUAGGUCAAUUAUGGUCAGAGAACUGUGCUAAGGUAGAUCCUGAAAGGGUGCGGGCAGUGGAUGCAAUCAAGGAACCCACAACGAGAACUCAGUUGCACAAAACUAUGGGAACGUUUAAUUAUCUCAGAAACUUCAUACCUCAAAUGGGUCAAAUUGCAGCCCCACUCUAUAAAUUACUCUCUCCAAUGGUAAAAUUUCAUUGGCUACCAGCUCACUCAGAAGCCUUUAAAACUCUAAAAGAGAGUAUAAAAAAAGCACCGGUGCUGGCCACAUUUGACAGUAAACUUCCUAUAAUUAUACAAGCAGAUGCCAGUCAAAAUGGCAUUGGGUGUGUGCUCCUUCAGAAUGGCAAGCCUGUGGCAAUGGCAUCAAGGGCACUAACUGAAACAGAAAAGCUCUAUGCCCAGUGCGAAAAGGAGUUACUUGCCCUUGUCUUUGCUGCAGAAAAGUUUGCAAAAUACAUCUGGGGCAUGCCUCGGGUGACUUUUCACACUGAUCAUCAGCCUCUGGUCUCAAUAUUUAAAAAACCCAUGCAUUCAAUCAAAAACAACAGAUUAAAGAAAUUGAGACUCAAACUGAUGGAGUUCAAUCCUGUUGUCGAGUACUUGCCUGGAAAACACAUGCACAUGGCAGACCUUCUUUCUCGCCAAUUUCUCGAGGACCCAGUACAUGACGAUCCAGAAAUGCUGGAGGUUGUUCAUGAGGUAACCAAGCACAUUUCCAUGUCACCUGAAAUUGGGGCUGAGUUCAGACAGGCUACUGCAACAGAUGCAGGCCUCUCUGUAGUAAUUCAGCUCUACAAGGAAGGUUGGCCAAAUAAUAGAGAAAAUGUCCCAACUGAGGCUCGUCAAUAUUGGCAAGUUCGCAAUGAACUAUUUGAGGAAGAUGGGCUGGUGAUCUUGGAUGAAAGGAUAGUAGUGCCGCCGUCUCUUCGCAGUAAAGUCCUAAAAAAACUGCACAAACCUCACCUGGGAAUAGAGAAAACAAAACUCAGAGCUAGACAGACUUUGUACUGGCCAGGGAUGUCCAAUGACAUAACAACAACAGUGCAACAAUGUCGGAUCUGUGAGAGAUAUAGUGCUAAGAAUAAAAGAGAGCCACUUACCCCACAUGAGAUUCCAGACUUGCCUUUUCAAAAGGUUAGCAUUGACAUCCUUGAGCUGGACUCUAAAAGUUUCUUGGUAGUUGAGGAUAACCUAUCCAAAUGGCUCGAAGUGAGACGACUAACCAGCAAGAGUAGUAAGGCAGUGAUAGAGACGCUCCGCUCCACCUUUGCAACCCAUGGAAUACCUGAAACAAUAUUUGGCGACAACAAUCCAUUGAAUUCCCAAGAGUGCAAAGAGUUUGCACAAGAAAUAGGAAGCACCAUAAAGACAAGCUCGCCUGAAUACCCUCGAAGCAAUGGGCUGGCGGAGAAGGGGGUGCACAUUGCAAAACAGAUUAUGAGAAAAAUACGUGAUGACGGCACUCACCUCUCUGAUGCAUUGCUAGAGUACAAUAACACACCGCUUUCUGGGCUAAACAUUUCCCCUGCCCAAAUCCUCAUGAGCAGAAGGUGCAGAACCGCAGUGCCAACGCUCAGGGAAAGUCUGAAACCAAAAGUAGUAACCGUUAGGCCACAGCUUGAAGCGAGGCAACAACAUAUGAAAAUGUUGCACGACAGAAGUGCCCCUCGCAAAGCUGUGAGUUUCAAAAGUGGGGACUCAGUGGCAGUUAGGAGGAAAAAUGUGUGGAAAAAGGGCACGAUUAUUGAGCAAGUCGACAACAACAGUUACAUGGUUCAAAUGGACGGAGGGAGAAAAAAAAGGCGUAACACUUACCAUCUAAAGCCAUCUGUCACAAAACCUGACAUGCACGAUGACAACUUCGUAGACAUUGAGGGCCUAAUUGACCAUGUAAUCACGUCGCGAGCCAACACUGAGGCAGUCCCCCCAGUUGUUGAGCAGAUUGUUCGACCUCCUAAUGCCAACAAUAACGUUGUGAAUCCUCCUGUUGCAGACCGACGACGAAGGCUCGUCACCCAGGUGGCAGAGAUACAGCGGAAGAGAACGCGGUAUGGGCGACCUGUGAAGAGGCCCAGCUACUUUGGUCAAGGCGUGGAGUAA